AUGCCAUCCAACCACAAGGACACCCACGGUUCAUUUGCCACCGUCGUGACAGCGAACAGCCUUCCUCGAUGGGGAGACAUCCCACAGCGGCAGGACAAUGACAUGCCCCCGAUUUCUUCGAUGAAGGUUCCUGCCGUGCACUUUCGCUAUGACACAGGACUGAAUGCCAAAAUUGCGCUGUGGAAUGGUUCGAUCUGGAAGCUAGAAGUCGAUGCGAUUGUCAACUCGACAAAUGAGUCUCUCACGGACGACACCGACGUGAGCGGCGAGGUCCUCAAAGCGGCUGGCAACGAAAUUUUCACUGAGAUUCGAUCUGUCGGGACAUGCCGCACGGGUGACGCUGUCGCCACACGAGCAUGUCAAUUGCCUUCCAAGAAACUCAUCCACACGGUCGGGCCACGGUACAACGAGAAGUACAGGAUUGCAGCGGAAAACGCACUACACUCGAGUUAUCGCAACUGUUUACGUGUGGCCAAAGAAGAGCGAGCCGCAACUGUAGCGUUUCCAUGCAUUUACCGCAAGAAGAAAAACUACCCGCGGGACGACGCGGUGCACGUCGCGCUUCGAACAAUUCGUCGGUUCCUCGAGCACUUUGGCGACGCAUUUGACUUGAUCGUUCUUUGCGUUGACGACUCGAACGACUUUCGACUGUACCAUGAAUGCCUCCCCUUGUACUUCCCACGGUCCGUCGGCGAAGAAAUUGCGGCCACGGUCGCGUUGGACACGCUCAGCCACAUUAACCUGGGGGAUGAGCAUGGGGAGCCCGUCAUUGAAGAACGAAAGAUCCGCAUCAGUUCGAUUCCGUUCACCCAGGACGGUUCCGACAACGAUGUCGACAACAGCGACAGCAAUCAAAGAAGACACGACGAAGACGGAAGCGACGUCCGGACGAUGCCGCUCACAGGUCAGGGUUUCGACCGCAUGGCACCCGACUCAAUGGUGACCAAGGCAUUUUGUGAAAUGAGCCCAAGCCCGGACAGUGAACGCAUGGAACUGCUCAAGGCGCGACGACGAAGUAGCACCAACUCGAGGUCCAACCCUGCAAAAGAAGUUGUUACGUACCAGGAAUACGUCCACCAAGCGAGGCACGAGGACUUUCAAGACAUUGCGAGAUUGGGACUGAUUCACCGCGCGGGGGUCGACCACGCCGGAGCUCCCGUGCUCAUGGUCGUCGGAAAGAACUUGCCGUCCGAGGCAGUUGACCUCGAUCGCGUCCUGCUCUAUGUAAUUCACGUCAUGGACGCUGUCGUCGACAGAAAGUACUCGGUCGUGUAUGCCCAUGGUGGCGUGAUCGACCAGAACCAGCCCAACUCGACGUGGCUGAAUCAGCUCUUCAAAACCUUUAGCGCCAAGUACCGCGAUAACCUCAAGGCGUUCUACAUCCUCGAAGCCACGAUGUGGCUCAAGAUGACCCUCUGGCUCGCCAAGGCGUUUGUCCACAACGCAUUCUACGCUAAAGUAGCGUAUCUGGACUCCAUCAAAGCGUUGGAACAAGUCGCACCGAGUCUAUUGCUUCCGCAAGACAAGUAA